GGCAGCAUCGCAGGGCCGGUGCCGGCGCAUGCCAUUUUCGGCUUCUUCGAGAAGCCCUGGAGAGACUACACCGGAGGCCUUCAACAUAUCAAUGCCCCCCGAGUACAACCUUACGAAGAGAGACCCUCCGCUUCUCAUCUGGCAGGGCGACCGCAUCCAGCCCCUCGAGCAGAUGUUUGCGUCGGCGAAGACGGUGACCUACCCGGACCUGGCGACCGCGCUCAAAGGCCAGAACAUCACCGAGAUCGGCCUGGGCCUCGCCGCGAAGAGAAAGGCAGGCGCCGCCCAGCUGGUGGAGGUGAAGCGGGACCCCACGGAAGCAGGUCUCGACGUAUGGCUGUUUGACUUUGAGGGCGAGAAGCUUCACGAGCUCGUGCUCUACGCGCUGGUCCAGAGGGGCCCCGACAGGAUCCUGUGCAACCUGGUGCUGCGCACCCCGCGCAUCCUGUGGGAGGAUCACGCCGCGACACGUUCAACAAGAUUGCGAGCAGCUUCUCGCCUCUGGACCGGGGACCCGCAGCCCAACAGAACGUCCGGCUUCGUUGCUGACAACGUCGCGCUGCAGUCGCUGUACGAGGUCGCCUCCGUCGGCAACCUUCAGGCGAAUGCCUCCGGGGCAGUUUUUGACAUCCCGGCAUCAAGCCUCCCGCCAAGCCUCUAGGGCCUUGCGGCGAAAGCUUCUGACGCAUGCAGUACCGCCCGGAGAUACGGUAGGGCUUGGCUUUCCCACUACAGCGGGGGCGCGCAUCAAGAAACCAUAUGCUUUUCGUCAGGGUAUCCUGGGUUUCUUCGCUCCGCGCGCUGCGCGGUGACUUCCCGCAGCCGUUGAAGAAGCUGCUGCGUUCAGGAAACGGCAUCGAGGGGUCGGGGUCUUUCCCUCCUCCGCCCUCGGCAUUUGGAAAGUUCGAGCGGUCCUCGCUCCCCUGAGUUUCAACUGCUUGUUGCACGCGAGUGGCCCGCCUGGGCCGUACGCCGCAAGCCACGGCGCCAGCUCGAGCGGCUGGGAUACAGGCCAGGCUGCCGUGGCCAAGAGCACCGCUCCACGGCGAACCCGAGCCGCGGGGGCGGCGGCCCGCGGCCGCUCCGGGCGUCCAGACCCGCGCCAGACCGCAGCGUCUUGGCCUGUUUUUCUGUCCGCGAGCGCUCGCUCGGGCCAUCGGAGAAAGGCGGCCUCGACGGCGAUCCAGAAGGGGG